AUGCAGGCCGCUGGCCUUUCCACCGAGGCCAUCAAAGCCUUUGAGUACUCGUAUGAGGCCCUUGUGAGCGGCGAAACCGGAAUGAUACCUGAGGAUGUGAUCAAGCCCGUUGACAAUCUGCCUUACCUUGAGAACAAAGCUGACUGCAUUCGUAACUCAAUCAAGGCCGAUCCGGCUUUGCUGAAGGAGACUGUAGUGCUUAAGCUGAACGGCGGCUUGGGUACCAGCAUGGGCUUGGACAAAGCUAAAUCUUUGUUAAUUGUGAAGGGUGAUGACACAUUUUUGGACAUUAUGGCGAAGCAGGUGACGGAAUUGCGCGCUACGCACAAGUCUCACGUGCGGUUUGUGUUAAUGAACAGUUUUAGCACUAGCGCGGACACCCUCGAGUACUUGCAGAAGUACCCAGAACUCGUCGAAGACGAGACUCUUGAGCUUCUACAGAACAAGGUGCCCAAAGUGAAUGCAGCUACUAUGGAACCCGCUGUAUACCCACUAAAUCCCUCCAAAGAGUGGUGCCCACCUGGACACGGUGAUUUGUACGCAGCGCUGGCUGGAUCGGGCAAGCUUGAGAAGCUGCUCGCUGAUGGCGUUAAGUACAUGUUCGUGUCAAACUCUGAUAAUUUAGGCGCGACGCUUGACUUGGACCUCUUAUCGUACUUUGCACAAUCUGACAAACCGUUCCUUAUGGAGUGUUGUGAGCGCACGGAGAACGACAAGAAGGGUGGACACCUUGCUGAGCGUACUGUUGAUGGCCGACUUAUUCUUCGUGAAUCUGCUCAGUGCGCUGAAGAUGAUGAAAAAGAGUUUCAGAACAUUGAAAAGCACCGUUAUUUUAACACAAAUAAUCUUUGGAUUCGUCUGGAUAAGCUUCAAGAAGAAUUGAUGAAGCAAGGAGGCGUUAUCCGUCUGCCCAUGAUCAAAAACUCAAAGACUGUGGACCCCAAGGAUUCGAGUUCAACCCCUGUCUUUCAAUUAGAGACUGCAAUGGGAGCUGCCAUCGAGUGCUUUGAUGGUGCUGGUGCCGUAUGCGUUCCGCGCACCCGAUUUGCUCCCGUGAAAAAGUGCGAUGACUUGAUAUUGCUGCGAUCGGAUGCAUAUGUAAUCACUGAGGACUACCGUCCUAUAAUUGCCCCCGAACGCGAGGGUGUGGCUCCUAUUGUGUCUCUGGACUCUAAAAAUUUUAAGUUAGUGCAGCAACUCGAGGCUGCGGUGCGCGGCAACGUGCCAUCGCUGAUCAAGUGCGACCGUUUGAAGGUUACUGGAGAUGUUGGUUUCGCUCCUGGUGUUGUUUUUGAGGGCACUGUCGAAGUCAUAAACAAAAGCCUUGAACAGAAAACUGUGCUUUCUGGCACCUACAAAGACACGACUGUGGACCUUUCAGAGCAGAAGGGCCUGGGCAAGCUGAAAGUGUCGAUCGUGAAGACGACCCCUUUCAAUGACCAAAAGCCAGGUACCUCAGGUCUACGUAAGAAGACUAAGACGUUUAUGAGCGAUAACUACCUGCAAAAUUUUGUGGCUUCGGUAUUCGACGCUCUUCCGGCCAAGGAUCUCAAUGGCGGCACUUUAGUUGUAUCGGGGGAUGGCCGCUAUUUUAACAAAGAGGCCAUUCAAAUCAUUUCUAAAAUGGCUGUGGCUUACGGUGUCGACCGCCUUUGGAUUGGCAAGGAUGGUCUGCUGAGCACCCCUUGCGUUUCUGCUGUUGUGCGUGAGCGUGAGGGUGGAAGUGUUGCUUUUGGUGCAUUCAUUUUGUCGGCAAGUCACAACCCUGGCGGUCUGGAUGAGGACUUUGGCAUUAAGUACAACUGUGAAAACGGCGGCCCCGCACCCGAGAAGGUGACGAAUGAGGUCUUCGCUUUGUCAAAAGUGAUUACGUCUUACAAGAUUGCUGCUGACUUUCCGACGAUUGAUCUAGGUACAGUUGGAACGACCAUCGUCGAUGCUGACGAUGGCAGCCGAUCAAUUACGGUUGAGGUAUUUGAUUCGGCUGAACACCAUGUGAGCUUGCUGAAGCAAAUCUUUGACUUCCAUGCUAUCAAAAAGCUCGUUUCUCGCCCAGACUUUACGUUCGUCGUAGACUCUAUGUCGGGUGUAAACGGCCCGUACGCUCGACGCGUGUUCGUGGAGGAUUUGGGAUGCAACGAGUCAUGUUUACUCAAUUCCACUCCCUUGGAGGACUUUGGAGGUUGCCACGCCGACCCUAACCUGACAUAUGCGAAGACACUGAUCAAAAUUAUGGGUGUUGACGCUAAGGGCCUGCCGGUAGCUGACCCAGAACUGUUGCCUCCAUCGUUUGGUGCCGCUUGGGAUGGUGAUGCCGACCGUAACAUGAUUUUAGGCUCGCGUUUUUUUGUUACGCCUUCAGACUCGCUUGCCAUUAUCGCUGCUAAUUGCAAGGUGAUACCGUUUUUUAAGAAUGGUCUGCGUGGUGUAGCCCGUUCAAUGCCUACUAGCGGUGCGGUGGAUCUUGUAGCACAGAAGUUGAAUGUGCCUUUUUUCGAAGUACCCACUGGAUGGAAAUUUUUUGGAAACCUUAUGGACUCGAACGUCGUGUUUGGUAAGGAAGACUACACCCCAUUUAUUUGUGGCGAGGAGAGUUUCGGUACUGGCUCGAAUCACAUUCGCGAGAAGGAUGGUAUGUGGGCUGUCCUCAGCUGGCUAUCGAUUUUGGCUUCGAAGCAGGUGGAGGGUGCUCCAUUGGUGACAGUAGAGGACAUUGUUCGCGACCACUGGAAGAAAUAUGGCCGCAAUUACUACUGCCGUUACGACUAUGAAAAUGUGGAUAAGGCCGCUGCCGACGGCAUGUUUGCUGAAAUGACAAAGUUCGACGGCGUCGUUGGCAAAGAGAUCAAUGGCUUUAAGGUUGAAAAGGCUGAUGAGUUUGAGUAUGUUGAUCCCGUGGAUGGCAGUGUCUCUUCGCACCAGGGCAUUCGUUUCUUGUUUGAGGGUGGCUCGCGUGUAGUUUUCCGGCUGUCAGGCACGGGUGUUGCUGGCGCAACCAUUCGAAUGUACGUCGAAAAGUAUGAGGAGCCCACGGGUAAUCUGGAGCAGAACGCCGCUGUGGCGCUGGAAAAGUUGAUUGAGGUGGGCUUAAAGUUGUCGGAUCUGGAAAAGAAAACUGGCCGCAAAGUUCCUACGGUAAUCACUUAA